CCGAACAAGGUGAUGGCAGCGCAUCCGGGGCUGAAAUCCACACUUCCAAAAGGGGGAGGAACUGGCUGCGAGAAACUGGCUGCGAGAAAGCUCGAAAGGUGUAAUGCGGUAUGAUACCCAUGUCAGGUAUCAGUUACCGGAACAUGGCGGUAUCACUUGGUGCACAGUUCCAACUCUCCUAUGAAGAAACCAUAAUUGGCAUUGCACUUGAUAGCUGACAAAAACCGCUUCAUAAAUAUAUGCAAAUCUUCCUCACUAUCACAAUGUCGUAAAUACCGUGCAACAAACGUGGGCAGGCCUCUAGAGCUCGGAGUGCUGUGACGUCAUUUUCCGUUCUUCGCGAACACAACUCUUUGUGCUCUUGUCGUUGAUGGUGACGGCCACAGCAACGUCAGCUUUACAAGAGAAGGACGGCAAAGGUUUGAAGAAUGGUGGAUACCAUUCUCAGACUGUGACUCUAUCAGGUUCUCUUGAAGUUCUUAGUAACAAAGGAGAAAAAGGAGACAAAGGUGAAAAAGGAGGAGCCGGAAAAGUUGGUCCCAAAGGCAGUCAAGGUGAGCGCGGACCCGCAGGUGUUAAGGGCUUAACUGGUCCCAGUGGACCGCCAGGAAUUCUUCGUCUAGACGAGUGCUCCAACACAAGAGAAGGCAAUACCUAUGAAUUGACAUUAUUAAACGCUCUUAACCUUUUGAUGUUUUGA